AUGGCUACCUGCCUCACCCCAAACCAACUCAACGUAACUACCCAAACCCAACCACCAACAACAACCACAAAAAUGCACACCCCAACCAUCCUCCUCAUCGCGGCCGCCGCCAGCGCCGCCGUCGCCGCGCCCGUUACUGUCAACCCUACCAACCCUACCGAUUCAACCACGAUCAACCACGCCGCCCCCGCCGCCGCCGCAGUUGCCUCAGCCGGUAUGGUCGACACAGAAGGCCACUGCAUGCACCCUCUGCACGACGGCCUCGCGUACCCACCGCGUGCCGUCCUCUAUGCUGCUGACACCGCCGCUGUUGACGCCGUCGCUCUUGACGCCGCCGCUGUUAACGCCGCCGCCGCUUCCAUCGCCGCUGCUGCCCACACGGACGAAGAAGAGACACAAGAGCAGUACAACAAGAAGCUCGUCAAGAUGGACAAGGCGAGGGAGCAUGGUGUCGUUUGCACUGUUUUGUAG